AUGCCCCCUCGCGUGGAUACAGAUCAACCCGACAGCCCACCGAUCUGGCUGGGCUGCUUCGAUGUCAUAGACGUCAAUGCCAAUGAGCCAGACAAUCGGGGUCGGAUCCCGCUGCACCAUGUAGCGUCGUCGGCAUGGAUAGAGUCUUACUCGCCCAUGAUUCCCACCCGCAGCGAUGGUCUACGGAAAUGCGCUGGAGAGUUAAUCUCCAGAACGACCUACAUUGACCAUCGUGAUCACAAUGGUGUUACCCCUUUACACCUCGCGGCCAUGAUGUCCGAGUGGCUCGUCAAGGAACUUGUCCAUGCCGGAGCGGAUCCUCGCAACCCAACAAACGACGGCCUCACUCCUCUACAUUUGGCCGUGCGCGCACGAGAGGUCAAGAUUGUGGCCUUGCUUGUUAACAUGCUCAAGGAAAAGUAUCCUGGAAAAUUCCUUCGAUAUUUGGAUGCAAGAGACGGCUGUGGCCGUACCCCUCUGAUGCACGCGUGCAUUUCAGGUCGGCCGGAGUCUGUUUCCUUGCUGUUGGACGCAGGCGCCAGCGUCUACUCUAUUUAUCAUGUCGACAUGUGCGUGUUUUGGUCAUGCACAGAAUUCGAGUAUGAGCAAAGCUACUGGCUCAACUGGUGGAAGCCCAGUGUGCAUGAUCUCAAGCUCAUUGCUGCUUACAACUUGGCACCCGAUGGAUGGGAUUGGGUUGCCGAGGGUGGUGUUCGAUUGAUGGACAGGAACCGUCCCUGGGUCUCUAUUGGCAACAAAUUGUUGCCGGAAUUUGAAAGAAUCAGAAGAAGCUCUUUUGUCGAUCCGUGUCCUCAGAUUGGGGAUACAACAACCUAUGACGAGUACAAGUCGACGACCAUCAACUCGGUACAAGAUACCGCCCAUCUCCAGGAAAUAAUAUGGAUGCUUGUAACAAGACACAGGGAACUGGGAACAGAUCUGAGCAUCUUAUCCUCUACCAUCAACAAUUGUAUCAACAUGUGCUUGGAGGAGCAGCAUUAUUACACCGCUAAAUGCUUUGCGUACGUUAUAAAGGGCGCUGCAGGCAUGCUGGGGCCAUUGAGUGUAGGCGACGAGUUUGCACUGCGUCGAGACGAGCUUGGUGCUAUUCAACAUUUUGGACUCAACCCCAAUCUUCAGGAACUGCCUGACGAGCACGUCUUGGUGCAUCUUUUGGUUGUGCAAGACUAUCGCCUGUUCCACAAGCUCCUCCUUGGCUCAUACCCUGGGCUUGGUACCCCUGACCAGCCAACGCCUGCCAAAGUAUGCCUACGCUUUACGAGGUGCGAAUUUCAUUGCAAAUUGGAAAUCUCUGUUACGAUCAAAGACUCUGAGCAGACUACGAGCCAGACACUCAACUUUAAGCCCAGAAUUAAAAAGUGUCAAAAAGUGCGACCCCACAAGCAGGAGCUCUGGCUUUGGGAUGAAAUGCCCGCCCAAUACCGCCAAGUCUCAGAGAGGCCGGACAUUAUCGAGUGGCAAUAUGAUACAAGCGAGAUCUUUGGAUGUCCCUUGCCUGUUCCCUUUGCCAAGAUCCCCAACCUACACCCGGCCUUGCACGCAGUGUCAGGAGACCGAAUUUGGUUAUUGGUGAGGCGGGCGCUCAGGUACCUGCUCGCCCGCAAGGAUGACGGCAGAACACCAGAAAAUGAAGAAGAAGCGGGAGCUCUCCAAGCCGCUCUAGACUUGACAAGGCCCUAUCCCAUUCUCCAAGAUCAAGAAAUGUUCGUCCAAGAAGCCCAGGACAUGCUCAAAUGGAGUAGCGAGCCUAUCGACGAAGCCGAGUUCGAAGCCAUCAUGGAUGCCAUAGAUGAGCAGAACGACAUCUACGACAUGUCUUACCUGUCGUGA